GUCUUAAUAGCGGACUCUGCAUCGACACAAGUUUUAUUGUCAUUACAUUUUCAGGGCUGUUAAGUCUUCUGUGUCAUUCAGACAAAGUCCAUCAAAUCGCUGUAACUUGAGACAGUUCGAGUUUGAACAGAAGAUGGACAGUGUAGACACAAAGAGAUUAAAUGAAACCAACUCCAGUGAUGGUGCUUGGUCAGGGUGUUUUGUGCUCUUCUUGGGGUGUAACAGUCCAGCACACAACCUUCUGUCAGUUUACAAAGACGAGCAAGGGAAAUUCAGUGUGUUCAAGGUUAUUAAACUCACCCUUACAGAUUCAGCUGGCGGACUGGAAGGGUAUGAAAUCCUAAAACUGCACGAUUCUGAUCCCUUUCUUGGGGUAGAACUGAAAUUCAUGGCCAUGCCUCCCUGUCUGCGAUUCCUGGAGAGCUAUGCCUGUGGUUCACUUGCACAGUUUCUGUCCCAUCAUGCCUCGCGUAUUCUUGCAAUUCCCGAUGAGGUUGUCAUGAUAACACAGCUGAAAGCAGGAAUGCACACACUGGACCAAAGCUUAUCAGACCUAGAAAUGUGCCUAAAGCAUAUACACCAAUCACAGCCUGAGCGUUUGCGAGAUGACGAGGUCACAAGGUUGGAGCAGCAGCUGCAGAACAGCUAUGGUACUCUCAGUCAGCCACCACAGGAACUGCCUAGGAACUGCUUCUUGUUUCAGAAAAGAGUGUUUGACGAUAGACCAUUGACAUCUGCAGACCAGCAACGAUUUGCUGCUCAUGUGGGACGGGAUUGGAAACGAGUGGGAAGGGUCUUACAGAAGAACUGCCGUGCCCUGAAAGGCCCUGCUAUCGACAAUCUUGCUUAUGAGUAUGAAAGAGAAGGGCUUUAUGAACAGGCCUAUCAACUGCUUGGCCGUUUCAUCCAAUCAGAGGGCAGGAGUGCCAAGCUGGGCUGUCUUAUCAGUGCACUGGAGGAGACUAAACUGACCAGCAUGGCAGAGAUCAUGUUGGGCAUUCAGCCAAGGGAUUGAGACAUUUAUGGAAUGAAUGAUAUGUUUCUACUUUUGUGUGUGUAUGUGUGAGUGACUGUUACCAAGAUAUACAGACAAAUUUAAAUUGUGUGAACUCUCAUUUUUGUGAUAUCUUUGUUUACAUCAUGACCUUAUUAUUUCUAUCUCUGUCAUCACUUUGAAAUUGUUUUGCAACCACCAGUCAUAGCCCAAAAUUAAAUACAUUUUAAAUGAUCAUGUUUUUC